AUGGAUGAAUACAAAGAAACGUUUCAAACAACUUCCUAUGUUGAUCUCAAGGCAGCUACUGUCGAAUUAUCAAGACAUUUUAUGUCUUCAGUUCAACUAGUGGAUCAACAGCGUAUCAUCAAUUCGUUUAAUGCUUUAUUAGAUUGUCGAGUUGAGGAUCACGUCGUUGCUUUAUUUACUGUCACUGAUUUUGUUGAUAAUACUCCAGAAGGUAUAGAAAAUGCAACAUCUGACGAAUAUUGGGAUUCUGUUGAGGAACUUUAUAAUCAAUUGGAAAAACCAAACAAAUUAGAGAAUUCGCUUAUAACAAUAAAGUUGUGUCAAAUAAUGUCAUUAUUAGAUCAAGGACGAGUUAUGGCAGCUUUACUAUCUUUUUCAAAACUUUCCAAUGCAUUGAAAUCUCUAACAGAUAAACCUGUUAAAUCUUUGAAAAGUAUAUGGACUGAACACCAUUGUACACACAAGGAAUCGCCAUGUUCAGCUUUUAAUUCAUCCUCGCUACGUUAUUUCUCAAUGCAAAUGGUUGAAGAAGUCCGUUCUCACUUAGUGAAACUUUCUUUAGAUUUAUGCUUAGUACUUUUUGAAACUCAAAAGUUAAACUCUUUAAACGACUCUCUUUUGAAUGGAAUUAUCCAACAGGUUGGACUUUUAUUUUUAGAAUCACAUUUAACUCAAAAUCAUUUUACAAACGUUUAUGAAGACUUCACAAAAGGCUUCAACCAAGAUAAUCUGAGGUUUUUUUCUCUUCUUCAAUCAGUCAAAAAUUUGUGGGUGUCGAGUCACAAAACUAUCUCAUGUUUAAAUUGUGAAGUUGACCAAAGUUCCAAUGUUUUUGAUAAUUUUUUACUUUAUAAGUUGUAUCCUUUAUCUAAUACUCAGAACAAAGAUUCAUUAUUGCAACCAGCUGUUAAUGCUGCAAAAAAAACUUUAGAGGUUUUACCUUCAGCUGCAGCAUCUAUGUUCUUAAGACCUCCCUGCAUGACUUCAGAUAUACUCCCUCAAAAUCAUAUUUUAGAGCAAACUUUAAAAGAUUCGCAAGAAGAUGACAACAUCAGUCGACAUUCGGACGUCGCUACAGUCGUUACAGAUUUGAAUUCUUCUUCAUUUUCAACACCCUUCAAUGAAACCAAGUCAAAAGCAUUAACAUGUUUGCGAAAUUCGACUCAAAAUACUGCGUAUGACAACAGUGAAUUUCUUACGCAACAACGCUCAUUUAACGGAGAUCGUUCAAUAAUAAUUCCAGCUUUGAUUACAGAACAAGAAGCACUGUUGAAAAAUUUAACGGGUUUCUCAAACACUGAGACUUUUUCAAAUCAUUUGUUAGAUUCGGUGCAACUUACACAGAGUCCAUUAUCAAAAAGUUUGACGCUCCAUGAUCCUAAUAAAAAGGAAGUGGAACACAUUCUUCAAGACGUAAAUCAAAUAUCCCGUGGUCAAGAAGAUUUAAGUAACGUAAUUCAAAACCAAACACAGAUCACUAUCCCUAACAACUCAGCAAUACAGGAAGAGCAGCAGAAGAUUUCUCCCGAUGGGGAAAAUUUGUCUAGGACAUUUCCCUGUUCUUUCAUGAAGGCUGAUAACACUUUCGAGACACGAGAAAAUUUUUUAUUUUCUCUACCGAAUGCUACUGCUAUUAAAAAAAAAAAUUCUCUACAAUAUUUCAAGCCUUUUUCUGUUUCAUCUACUGAAUCACAAGACGAUUUGAAUAAAGACAUCUCUGCCAAUUUUACAAGUGUUCUAUCAAAAAAACUCUGGAGUAGUACCUCAGUUUCGGAUACUAACCAUAUUCUAUUACGAAAAAAUCGCAAAAAACACUCCAGUGUCAGACAUUUUAAAAAAUCAUAUUAUCAAAUAACAUCACAUAGUGAUACUCCACCAAGUAGUAGGAAACAUGUAAACCAUGCAGAAAAUACACGAAACUUAUUUCCGCUUAUAACAAAUAAAUUGUGCCCUCAAUUACAUAGGACAAUAAACUUUUCUAGUCCCGCGUCGUUAAUUCGAACGAAUUCUAAACCAUCAGAUUAUUUCAUUCAAAAGAAAAGUGUUUCUCAUAACCGAACGGCAUUAAAGAAUAAUGUUUUUCAUAACAGCGAAUCUGAUAGUUAUAGUAGUAACUAUUUCACACGACACCAUGAAAAGUUAUUGCUAGAACAAAACAAGAAUCAAACAGUGUUACAGCAAUUCUCUGAUACUGAAGGUUAUGUUAAGGACAUUAGUGUUGCACCAUUGCAGCGGAACAAAAAAAAAACGUUCACUGUGGUUAAGGGGAAAUCUUCAUCUAAUACCGCCAACGAUCAAAAUCAACAUUCUGCGACACUGCAAACAAAUGAAAAAUUACUAUUUACUCAUGAACAAGAAAUUAGAAAAAUUUCUCAAAGAUCUUGUAAUUCUUUAACAGGAAAGAAAAAAAAAAAUAGAAUGCCACAUCGGUCAUUCAAUAUUGACUCCUUUAAGUCUCAUGCGUCUAUAAAUCAGGAUGAACUAUUAAAUGGGAGUAAGACAAAUAAAAAAUGCACGACAAAAAGUGACUCGGAGGAGCAUUUGCCUAUAGACCUUGAUAACUUCUAUUUUAACAAUAUAGAUAAAUCAAAUAAAGUUGGUCAACGUAGAAUACCAACCGUUCCACUUAAUAACGUAAGGGAACAUGUUAAAAACGGAGAAGGUACAAAAACCAGUGAUGUAUCUGACGUUGAACGAAACAUACGUCAGUUGUCUAUCACAUCAGUUCCAAAAUGUAACAAAAGUACUCUCAAAAUACUUCAAAAUGAGAGUUUUUUCUUUUCGUCGACUUCGCAUAACAAAAAAACUUCUACAGAUCAUCACGCUAAUCAGUGGGAGCCGGAAUCAGCAAAUAAAAUAGAUGCACUAACGGAAAUCGUAAAUAGUUUAAAGUCUGAAACAUGCGCUCGAAACAAAGCAACUUCUUCUGUUUUACUUUAUUCGAACGAUAAAAAACAUGUCACAAGAUCAUUUCAAAAGCCAGAAAACCCAUUAAAAGAUUUGUUUAAAAACCAAUGCCCACCUAAACCUAAUUCACCCAAUUUUUUACGUUCGUUAACAUCCGCUGGUAAAUGGAUAUUUUCUUUACCGUUUUAUGAAACUCAAGACGAAAAAGGUUCAUUAAAACAAAUAAAUUCCAAGAUUCCUAAUUAUUCAAAAAACGAUGCAGUUAAGGAAAAAAACGAAGAAAAAAGUUUUGACUUUUCCACUAGUUUUGCUUCAAAAGAUUCAAAAAAACUAUUGGGAUAUGGGCGCCAAUCAAAUCAAUCUGAUAAGGUAUUACUUGUUACACCGUUUCGUGUUAAGAAGGAUUUUAAGGAAAAUAAGGCAAAAACGUGUUGGAGCGACUUAUCGUCAAUUUCUUCUUUAAAUACGAUUUCAAGUUCUUCAAAAAGUCGAACAACCUUCAAAAAAAGCAAAAAAAAUUUGUCAACGCAACAAAAGGACAUCAGCGGUGCAGAAACUCAUAAUUCAUUUGAAAGUGCUCAGAAUGCGCUAACGCAACAAAUGAAAACAGAGGAUAAUGUCUUAAAACAAACCGUUAAAGACAACAAUAAUUGGGAUGAUGAGAUUUUUUCGUUAGUGGAUUCAGAAAACUCCUCAUCCUAUAAUGUAUCAAAUCAGCUGUAUUCUUCCACAAAGAGGAAUUCUCAAUCAUUGAAUCGUUCCAAAAAUACUAAAGAAAAGUUGUCCAGUCUCAAUUCUAACGAAAUCACCACUUUUAAACAUAACUUUAGUAAAAAGUCAAUAUCCUUACCAAUAAUUAUUGAACCGUUGAAUUCUUUACAUGAUGACUUUUUUCAUGACAAUUUUAAUGCUCCAACGUAUUUGGAUCCAUUAUUAUCUUCAAGUGAAUCUUCGGACUUCUUUUUCCGUUCGCUGAAAAAAUCUCACAGUUUCUGUAACGAAACGUGUUUGAAUAUUCAUUCAGACCUUCAUCCACAAAAAAAACAUAAAAAUGAUGAGAGAAACACUUGGAAGAGUCAAUUCUCGUCUGCCUUCUUCGGAUGUACUACUCCAGCAAAUGCUACAAAUGCAAUAAAUAGAGGCUCAGUUGCAUUAUUAAAGCGUCAUUCGAUAUCGGUCUUCCCGGCUCAAAGCGAUUUUCAAAACGUUAAUAAUCCUGCCUACUCUCGAAUAUCAAAACAUUGUCCCAAUCAGUUUGACGGUUUACAAACUAAAAUUCACACGAACUCUUCAUCCAUGCAGGAUUGCAUUGACAUUAUACCAUUAUUAUCUAAUGGUUCACUCAAUACAACUUCUAAUAAUAUACAUUGGAAUACAGAUUUAGAACCUACUCUUAGUGAUUUGGACAGGAAGACGUCCUUCAACGACAGUAUUGCUAUAUAUGAAUCAUUGCCAACACUGAAUUUUCAAGAGAGAAGUUGUGAAAAGAUGUCCAAGGAUAGCAAAACUACAAGUGCUUAUAGUCACCAAUCGCCUGAAGGAAAAGCUGAUAUCAUAAAUUCUUGGAAGGAAAGUAAAAGCUCAACUCAUUCUAUUCAACAUACCGUUUUUACAGAAAAAGAAAAUGAUCUUAUGAAUGAUGGUAAUCCAUCGCUAAAUAAUUGUUGUUCAGAAAUGGCGCAACCUAGAGGAACUGAUAAAAGAGCCUCUAAAAAGGUAUCUUUAAAAAGUUUGUUUACUGACCGUUUACAUAGUACUGAAGGACAUUGCGAUUCUAGUGAAGUCUUAUCCUCUACCAUUCGUCAUGAAAAACUAUCAGCACAAAGUAAAGACACCACUACCUUACCUCUUCAUUCUCAAAUAUUCUCGCUUGAAAAUAAAAACGUAAUUUUUACGUAA